CUUCAACUUUUCCCUGGACCAUAACAGACCCUAAUCGAACCGGGUCAUAAUCAGGGAAGAUGAAGAGCCUGCGGAGAGAUUUCUCUUCGGAUCCGCAUGCCGCCAAUGUUACUAGCAAAGUCUUCGUCCGGUCCACGAAAAGUGGAAAGGUGCAAAAGAUUGUUCGUGAAUUGUAUCUAAGACAGGACAUUCCGUGUUCAUCCAAACUCUGCUCGAUAUGUCCAUCGGUCGCGCCUGCGGAUGCAAAUGGAAACAUUGCGCCGUUUGUCCUCUCCGAGAGCCCCGCCGGCACGAGCGCUUUCCCUCGCGGCCACUACCUCGUCCCUGAUACGAAUGCGCUAUUGAAUGGCAUGGACCUUUUUGAACACACGGGAGCAUUCUAUGAUGUGGUUAUUCUUCAGACUGUCCUCGAGGAACUGAAGAACCAGUCGUUGCCCCUGUAUAACCGCCUACUCUCUCUGAUCAAGACCGAUGAAAAGCGCUUUUACCUGUUUUUCAACGAGUUCCGACUUGAGACGCACGUUAGACGAGGCGCGGACGAGUCCAUCAAUGACCGGAACGAUCGGGCCGUGCGAACCGUCGCGAAGUGGUAUUCGGAGCAUCUUCGAGCUGCGGCGGCUAAAAAAGGGAAGAAAGAGAAAUCGCUACCGGCUAUUGUGGUUAUUACGGACGACAAAGAAAACUUGCGCAAGGCGAAGGACGAGGGAGUGACAGCGUUGUCGCUAUCCGACUAUGUCGCCGGUCUGGACGAUUCGGACAGACUGUUGGAUAUGAUCAACGAAUCCAGAGAGGCACGAGAAGCAAAGGGUGCGCGUGGGGAACUGUUUUACCCCGAGUACUACACUAUGUCUAAGAUCAUGACGAGCCUGAGGGCGGGUACUCUGCACCAAGGUGUUUUCAACGUCUCGCCUUACAAUUACCUGGAAGGGUCGGUUAAGGUCGCGGCCUUCGACAAGCCUCUACUCAUUCUAGGACGUGACAAUAGCAACCGAGCCAUCUCGGGAGAUGUCGUUGUGAUUGAGGUGCUGCCCAAAGACCAAUGGAAAACCCCGUCCACCAAGAUCGUCGACGAAGAGGCGGUGACCAAAAACGAUAACCCCGAAGGAGAAGACACGGAAGCCGUGGUCACGGAAAGGGAAAAGAAAGCUUUGCAGGAAGAGGUCCGCCAAGCCCACGGCAAGAGCACCGAAGGAAAGCCGCAGCCGACGGCGAGAGUCGUGGGAGUAGUCAAGCGAAACUGGAGACAGUAUGUUGGGACUGUAGAUUCGGGUUCCACAGGAUCGCAGGCCGUCUCUGGCCGACGCCAACAGACUGUCUUUGUUCUCCCUAUGGACAAGCGCGUACCGAAGAUCCGGGUGCGCACGCGACAAGCUGGUGACCUGCUGGGUCAGCGCAUUCUGAUCACAAUAGAUGCGUGGGAUCGUGACUCGAGAUACCCGUCAGGGCACUUUGUUCGGUCGUUGGGAGAGUUGGAAACCAAGGGUGCCGAAACGGAAGCCUUGUUGCUGGAAUAUGACGUUCAGUACAAGCCGUUCCCGAAAUCCGUUCUCGACUGUCUUCCUGCAGAAGGGCACGACUGGAAAGUUCCCGCAAGCAAGGACGAUCUGGGUUGGAGAGGUCGUCGGGACCUCAGGGAUCUUCUCAUCUGCAGUAUUGAUCCGCCGGGCUGCCAAGAUAUCGAUGACGCUCUCCACGCACGUCAAUUGCCCAAUGGGAAUUUCGAAGUGGGAGUGCAUAUUGCCGACGUAUCGCAUUUCGUCAAACCGAACAACGCAAUGGACCUUGAAGCGAGCCUCCGCGGAACGACAGUAUACCUGGUUGACAAGCGUAUCGACAUGCUUCCGCACCUUCUGGGUACGGAUCUCUGCUCGCUCAAGCCAUAUGUCGAGCGUUACGCUUUCUCGGUGCUGUGGGAGAUGACCCCCGAUGCGGAAGUCGUGUCCUCUGAUUUCACGAAAUCCGUUAUCCAGUCCCGCGAAGCCUUCAGCUACGAGCAGGCGCAAAAGCGCAUUGACGACCCCUCUAAGACCGACGACUUGACCCAGAGCAUGCGUACCCUACUCCGGUUUUCCAAGAUCCUGCGCCAGAAGCGCAUGGACGCAGGCGCGCUGAACCUCGCCUCCCCCGAAGUCCGCAUCGAGGCCGAUAGCGACGAGGUUGGAGACCCCCUCACGGACGUCAAGACGAAAUCGAUGCUCGCGACCAACAGCCUCGUCGAGGAGUUCAUGCUUCACGCCAACAUCACCGUUGCCACGAAAAUCUUCAACACGUUCUCCCAAACGGCGCUCCUCCGUCGGCACGCAACCCCCCCGCCGCAGAACUUCGAAGAGCUCACCAAUCAGCUUUCGAAAAAGCGCGACAUGCGCCUCGACGUGUCCAGUUCCGGAGCCCUGGCCGACUCCCUCGACCGCUGCACAGACGCGAAGAACCCAUUCUUCAACACCCUCGUCCGCAUCCUCGCCACCCGCUGCAUGACAUCGGCCGAGUACUUCUGCGCCGGCGCGCACGCGGAGCCUGAAUUCCGCCACUACGGUCUCGCCUCGCCCAUCUACACGCACUUCACAUCCCCAAUCCGCCGCUACGCGGACCUACUUGUCCACCGCCAGCUCGCAUCCGCCAUCGGCUACGAAGGCGAAGACGGCCGCGCCACAGUGUACGGCGUGAUGACCCGCAACCGCCUCGAAGACAUCUGCCGCAACAUCAACUACCGGCACCGCAACGCGCAGUUCGCCGGACGCGCCAGCAUCGAGUACUACGUGGGGCAGGCGCUGAAGGCGCGCGGGGAGAAGGUCUCCGCGAAUGGCGUCGACGGCGGAAUCGACGAGGAGGGCUACGUGAUGCGGGUCUUCGAGAACGGCGUCGUGGUGUUCGUGCCGCGGUUCGGAAUCGAAGGCGUCGUCCGGCUGGAGGACUUUGUGCUCCCGACAGACGCGGGUCUGCGCUCUGUCGAGGAACGCCGCGACCUGGUCGUCCACCGCCAGAGUGACUUCGACAACGAGGAAUACACCAUCUGUGUCUCGGACAAGGGCCACCCGCAGAAGGAGCAUGGCUUGACUGUCGAGCUCUUCCAGAAGGUGAAGGUCAAUGUUAGCUCUGUGAAGGAGCAGGGCGGACGGGGAGCGGGCAAGAGGCGCGUGCGGAUAUUGGUGCUCGGUGGGCAGUGAGUUGAGACUGAGUAUCAAAGAUAGGAUAAGCAAAAAAAAAGUGUUUGUACAUGUGUUUAUUUUUAUAGCAGGUAUCGUUGGGUUGGAUCUAUCAAUGAAACGGACGUGGCGUCG